ACCUGUAACAGUAACUGGUAUCAAUUGUUUCAGAGCAGUAACCAUGGUUACUCAACAAUAUACCGAGACAUUGUGGUUGAUUGUUUGCUGAAUCUCGAUCAUUCUCUCUGAAAUCAGUGCACCGUGAGUUAUUUUUAUCAUUUUUGCAGACAGAAUUUUGACAUUUACCUACAUCCACUUUGACUUUCAAGAUGAACCAACAGAAUCAAGCAGCUGCUGGUUUUUCCCAAUCCAUGGAUGCCUCCAUGCCAAAUUUGGAUGUGAUUUUAGUCGGCAAUGACUCAAUAAUCCAAUCGGUCGACAUGAUGGACUUUAGCACUGGCAAUCCUACACCAUCUACGACUACAACCCAAUGGAAUCCUUCAACUUCCAAUGUGUUUAUGGGAUCAACCCAAUCCACGCCAGGAAGACGUAAUUCCCGAAAUCAAAAUAUGACAAAUGUCAAUACUACAACACCGGCACCAAUUGUGCUUACUAUCCCGGGAGCUACAGGCCCACCAAUUCAACAAGCUGCUAGAAAUGCACGCAAUAAUAACAUGACCCCAGGAACUGCAGGAACCUACAUUGUAGCACCUCGUCAAGCACCUGCAACUAUCCCAGCCCUACCACCGACUACAACCACUCCAAGCUCCAAUCUACGUUCACCACCUCCUUAUUUCGUCACUUUUAGUGGUUUGACCGCAGCGCAUAAACAAAUCCAAUUUGAAAUCCCAAAGCAUUUCUUUGCGUAUUUCAAUCCGCCAUCCAAGGCAAUUUAUCUGCUUCAGUUUAACACUCGUGCCAUGGCCGUGGAGAUCCGCAUGGAGAUUUUCACUGAUUUUAUUCGAUUCCUGAUGCAAAUCUUCUACGAUAACAACUGGAUCCCUUUUGUAUUGGAGGUUCAAUUUGCUGCUCCACAAUGGAUCGCCCAGUAUCAUAACAAUGAUCUUUCUGUGGAUCGCACAAAUUAUAAAGAAAUAGCACGCAUAGUCUCCAAUGGUUUCAAUCGGGACGUCCAAUGGCGUAAUUGUGAGAAACCACAAUCAGCCGAUUUGCACAUCAUAGCCAAAUUGGGACAUUUGAAGAUUAUGCUUGAAAGUACCACAGAAAAGACUAAAGUAAACAAACGUGAAAAACCAUUGGUACAGAGACUGAUAUGAUGAUCUUCCCUGCAUAUUAUGGGGAUAUGCUCACUGAGCAAAUGGGUAACCUGCAUACCAAAGAGAUGGAGAUCAAUGCCAGUUUUAAUACUCUUCAGGAUAAUAUGGCACGUAUUAAUAUUACGCAGGAUUCUGUCCUGGAUGAUUUGAAGGAGAUACAAGAAAAGUGUCUGGGUCUUGUCAAUGAUAACACUUUUAGUGAUGAGUAUUCUGCUACAACAAAAGCUGUGACAGCUACCGAGGAAGAUAUGGAGUCGUUGGCGAAUGCAUUCAAUCCAUGCUUGGCUAAUCCCAACACUGAUUUUGAUGUUUACGAAGAGAAAUUGAAGCAGGUUCUGGAAUACUCCAUUUCCAUGUAUAAAAACGCUCAUGAUGCUUUUACCAGACUAGAGGAUGAAAAGAAUUCUUUGGGUAAUAAAGAUAAGGAUAAGGAUAAGGAGAAUCGUAGGAGUAAGAGGCGUAGUGAUGAUAGGAAGCGACCAUUGUCGUAUAAUCUGAAUAAUCUGAGUAAACUUGAAGAUAUUCGCAAUGAUCUUCAAAGGGCUUCUGCUUCCACAUCAAAAGAACAGGAAUCAGAACAGUCUGCUGAGGAAUGUGACACUAUUGGGUUUAUGGCCUUUGUUGAUGAACUUAAAUUGAUUUUGAAUAGUAAUCCUUUUACUAGGUUGAUACCAGAACCUGAACCUGUGGUUGAACCUGAACCGGUGAAGAAAGAAGAGGCAGAUGAGUCGAAUUUAGAUGAAUUACCGAUGGAAGAAGAAGAUUUUAAAGAUAAUAUUGCAAAUGAUCCGUUUUUGAGUGGGUGGUCUGGUGGAUUUCCUGAUAUUAAAGUGGAGGAUAUCAAAAAUGAGGAUUUUAUGAGUUUUUUAAAUAAUUAUGCGGAAAAUAAUGGGGAUGUACUCGUUGAACCGAAAAUUGAGAGUUCUUAUGAUUUGACCAACAAUCCGAACUAUACCAAUGAGCAAUUUAUUGCGGAUGUUAAUGGCAUUUUUGCUGACCUCGAAAACUAAUCUUUGAAAUGUUAUUGAUAUAUUGUUUGUUUUUGAAUUUUUUAAUACUAGGUUAAUUAAUAAAUCUUUGAUUUGA